AAUCUUUCCCAUUAAGGCAAUAAUAUAUAUAAUUGAUCAAUGAGAAACUUGAAUCAGUAGUUUGGACACAUCUACAUUGAUAAGUGUAAUUUUGUUUGUGAAAAACUGUUCUGCUGUUUGAGAGAAUAAAGAAAAGAUAUACAUGUUAUUAUUAUAAUAUCUAGGGGAGAUAUGCAUGUUGCUAUGCUGACCAUUUUCUUGGGGUUGUUGAUGUUAACAUCGACUGCAUUAGGCAAAGAUUGGCACUACUAUAUUUCUGCUGAUGAGGUCGAUUGGAACUACGCUCCGUUCAACGCAAAUCGUGUCACUAACGACAAUAGUGCUGCGUUCGAGUUUAUUGAAAACCGUGAUGACAGGAUCGGGAGUAUAUAUACAAAACUUAUUUACCGGGAAUAUACUGAUGACAGUUACUCCGUGCUUAAACCGGCGCCUGACUGGGCCGGAUUCUGUGGACCUCUUAUUAAGAGCACCGUAGGUGACACCGUGUAUGUCCAUUUCCGUAAUAACGCUCUAAAUAUCAAUAGACGUUUCAGCAUGCAUCCACAUGGCUUAUUCUACUUGAAGGGAAAUGAAGGGGCAACAUAUUUAGAUGGAACUAGCGGGACGGAUAUAGAGGAUAACGGUAUCUUACCUGGUGAAAACUUUACUUACGUUUGGAUAGCCAGCAAGCUGCACAAACCAGACAGUAACGAUUUUCAUGAUCACUGUGCUGCUUUCACCUACCACUCUCACGUCCGUGCUGGGUUUGAUGUAGACACUGGACUGUUUGGUGUUGCUCUUAUCUGCAAUCAAGGGACUCUCGAUAAAAAUGGCAAUCGCAAGGACGUAGACCGCGAAUUAUACAUGUAUGCAGAUCUUAUGAUAGAGGGCAACAGUUGGUAUAUUGAGCACAACUUGCAGAAAUGCGGAAAUCCGGCAUUGUGCCAGAGUCUUUUUGACGAUGGAGACGAUGAUUUUGCAAAGAGUAACGAAAUGGCUCAUAUAAAUGGAUAUGUGUUUGGCAAUGGUCCAGCUUUCCCGGCAUAUGAGGGGGAAAAUGUUGUUUGGUAUUUCAUGUCCAUCCAGCGUGGAAUACAUACAGUACACAUCAGCGGACAGACAAUGGAAAUUGAAAACUUGAGAACGGAUACCGUUGACCUGCAUCCCGCGAGCGUUUAUUCUGGCUUUAUGACACCGGUAAAUGUAGGACGCUGGCUUAUUUAUACCAGAAAUCAGGAGUUCUUUGACGAUGGAAUGCAAGCAUUUUUUGACAUACAGCCUUGUCAAGGACAGGGCAACAUUUGUACAAAUACUGGAAAUGGUGAAAAUAUUCGGACUUACUUUCUUGCAAUUGAAAACGUUUAUUGGGAUUACGCACCAGAAGAUGUCACUCAUCUUGAUUCCGAGAUUUUUCUUCAAAACGAUACAAAUCGUAUUGGAAGUAUAUAUAAAAAGGCGGUAUUUGUUGAAUACACAGACGGAACAUUCGGUACAAAGAAAGAUCGCGAGGUGCAUUGGGGUUUGGCAGGUCCACCAAUAAAAUGUCAUGUUGGUGAUCAUGUUAUUGUACACGUUAAAAACUUUGCUGACAGAACUUUCUCUUUUCAAGCUAAUGGAGUAGCAAUGACAAAAUCGAAUGAAGGGAUGGUUUACAAUAAUGAGCUGUCAGUACUAAGUGGUUUGGUUGUUCCUCCAAAUGAAGUGAAGACAUACGAGUUUGAUGUUCCAGUAGAAGCAGCACCAUUAGCUCAUAACGAAGAUUGUGUCGUGUAUAUGUAUAAUUCUGCCGUUGACUUUAAUAAAGAUAUACAUACAGGUCUAAUUGGUCCUUUGCUUGUAUGUAAAGACAGAACUCUUGCGGAUGACGGAAGCUUGAUUGGAGUGGAUAGGGAGUUCUAUUUACACUGGAUGAUUUUUGAUGAAAACUUGUCUUGGUACAUUGAUGAAAAUAUCGCUACAUUUAUAACAGCUGCUGUUGAUAAGAAUGAUGAGGACUUCCAGUUGUCUAAUCAAAUGAGAGCCAUCAAUGGGAGGACAUACGGCACACUUGAAGGUUUAGAUAUGUAUCUUGGAGACAUUGUUGCGUGGCAUAUAUAUGGCUCCGGAGGUCAGACUGAUCAUCACCAUGUUGUAUUUGAGGGUAACGCAUUCAAUGUUGAUGGUCGAAAUUUAGAUACGUUUUCAGUAUAUCCUGGGACUGGCCAAUCCCUCAUCAUGAUUCCUGAUCAAAAUGGUCACUUGUUGAUACGAGAUGGUCAGAUAAGUCUAACAUAUGAAGGCAUGUAUGCUUGGUAUAAUGUAAUGAUGACUACUGGAACAGGAUACGUGAGUCUACAGGACGGAGUACCACCAGGUCUACUUGGUAUAACUCGCACAUACUAUAUCGGUAUCGUUCCCAUUCUCUGGGAUUAUUGUCCAGUCAAGAUCGAUCCUGUUGACGGAAGUUCGCUCCUGGAUGAAGAUGCUACAGGCUACAUUUUUGUGAGAAACGAUGCCCCGUUUCUCGGAACCCAAUAUCAUAAGUAUGUCUAUAGGGAAUUUACAGACAGCACUUUCACUACGCAGAAGACCCGAAGUUUUGAUGAAUUGCAUCUAGGUUUAUUAGGACCAAUGAUACGAGGGGCAGUUGGAGAUACUAUUGAAAUAGUUCUUCAUAAUUUUGUCAAUGUUUCUCUCAAUAUUGUCCCAAAACAACUCGUUUUCGAAGACGGGACUCCAAUAACAAAUGCUCCUUCAACUGAUCAAGGUCAAACCAGCACGUAUCGUUAUUUCAUACCGGAAAGGUCCGGCCCAUCUCCCGACCAGCCUAAUUGCAUAGGCACAUUAUAUACCUCAAGAACAAAUCCUUUAAAUGAUGCUUACAGUGGGCUUCUGGGAACAAUGAUAAUUUGCAAACGUGGCAAGCUUGAUGGUGCAGGGAAUAGAAAAGACAAUGUAGUGAAGGAGUUUGCAUCUGCCUUCGUGAUAUGGGAUGAAAACUUAAGCCAUCUCCGUGAUGAAAAUUUUGUAGGCGUCACAGAUGCACAAGCAAGUGAUGGAGAUUUCAUUGAAAGCAACCUCUUCCAUUCUAUUAACGGCUAUAUCUAUGGAAAUCAACCUCUUAUUGAGUUCUGCGUGAAUGAAAAUAUUGCUUGGUACCUUUUUGGUGUGGGGUCAGUAGAAGACGUUCAUACUGUUCAUUUUCAUGGGCAGCUUUACGUUCGUAGAACAAUAGUCACUCAAAGAAGAGAUGUGGCGGAAGUCUUCCCUGAAGUUGCUGCAACUAUUGAAAUGACUGGAUACAAUCCUGGCAUUUGGCUAUAUCACUGUCAUUUAGCCGCCCAUGCUGAUGAGGGGAUGGAGUCCGCAUACAGUGUCUGUCCGGCAGAUGCAAGACGUCGCAGGUCCAGUAUGGGCGCACUUAAGCAUUUGGACAAGAGAGCUUCGGAUAAGCAAUAACGACUUAAUUGACGGAGAUAUUGUUGUUGAAGAGGAAAUUUUGGAUGGAAAUUUGAUGAUGAUUUCCAGUCAGUCAUAUAUUUGCUAUAAACCAUUUUUCUUUCGUUUAAAACUCUACUUUUAUGUUAAUUUUACCAACUCUCAUGGACCUUACGCAGGAAGCGCAAUAACUGUAUAUAUUAUAUAAAAAAUAUGUUAUGUAAAAUCAGUUGAUGUAUCUCAUAUUUUACCAUGGUGGUUAUGUCCCUUUGUUUGCUUUACUCUUAAUUUAUGUUUUUUUAUAACGUACGUUGUUAGAUUGAAGUUUAUUUUAUGUAUGUUUCGUUUAGUAAGCCGUGAUGCACCGUAUACAGCUUAUGAAGCGAACGCAUAACAGAAAAGUACCAAAUUACAUUUAUAUAAGGCAUCAGGUAAUAAUAUACGUUGAUUAAAAACGUACAUGUAUACACAGCUCACGGUCAGUUAUGUAUUCGUAAGUUGACAAUGUAUACAGUUUACGUAUACUUACGUACACGUAUACAUUGAAUAUGUUUAGGUCAGUAGAUCAAAGGUUCAAGUUCACUUUAACCAUUGCUGCAGUCUUCAUAUUAAGCUUUGAUGUUUGUCAGAAAGGUUAGUGAUGAUCAGAAAAUUACCCUUAGUGUUUCUUUUGUUGUAAAAGUCACGGUUGUGACCGUACUCUUUGUCGUAGAAGCUCCUGUCGAUGUUGGAGUCGUAGGUUUACUAUAAGUCGAAGAAGUCGUAUUCUAAGUCGAAGUCGUCGUCUAAUAUAACGACUUGUAGUCGUAAAAGUCGACAUAGUCAAAGGCGUGUCUGUAGUCGUCGGCAUAGUUUGGUAAGUCAUUAUCUUGGUAGUUGUCGUAGUCCUUUUCCUUUGGAAAAGUCGUAGCUGUACGUUGUCGUCGUAGUCUACUUCAAAGCUGAACUCGUAGUUGUAAAAGGUAGACAUAGUAGUGAUAGUAGUAGUGUAGCUGUACUCGUGAACAUCAAAGUAGAAAUCCUCAUUCUAGUGGUCAUAGUCAUUGUCGUUGUCGUAGAUGUCGUAUACGUAAAUGUGAUCGCACUCGUAGUCGUUUCCUUGAGGACAUAAUGAUGAUUACCGAUUGGCUACCUAAAGACGGCGGUAUGCAGCAUCUUCACGUAUACAGGUAGCAGUAAGCUAUAUUUGGAUUAAGCUGUCUACGAUGUUAUAAUGAUCGAACUAUACAACUCAAGAGUAAGCUUAAUACAUCGUAAGCUGUAUACGGCGCAAAACAGCUUCUAUGGAAUAAACAUUGUCUGUAAUACUGCAGAUGCUCUUCAAAUGUGAAACAUUAAACUUGUUCAGAUAAUAUUUUUGAUGCAUCUAAAUUAGUCAAUAUCAUAUGACAUAAUUCUGUUUAACAAAUAUUUUAGUUUGUACAUACAUCUACAAAACUGUAUAUUGUUUUUUUUGUUUGUUGUUGUUUUGGUCUAUGGAUACUUUACAAGCUAUUCCACUUUAUUGUAUAUAUUGAUAUUAUAUCAGUGUGCAUUAUGUUAAGAUUAUUUUAUUUCAAUAAAG